GUCAAUUUUGUUAAUUCUAUGAAAACUAUGAAUUAAAAGAGAUUUGUUUUUAAUAAUGCAUCUAAGGUUUGACCUUCUACAUUUGAUUGUUCUUUUAUUUGUAUUUCAAUUGGUGAGUGCAAAUGUUUGCAUCAAACCCAAUGUGUAUAUUACACAAAAAAUUAGCAAUGAGGGCUUUCACAGAGAAAUAAACUGGCUUAUAGAGGUAUUGGAACCUACAAUAGAAAGUUGGGAAAAGACAAAAUGUAAGGUUGCAUUACGCUUGGAUGUUCCAUCGGGAAUCUAUGUGAAUCCUGAUGAAAUCAAUGCUUUAAAUGAAACUGAGGAGGUUUCUUUCCGUAUAAGUGGGAAAGUUGAUAUAGAAGUUCCAGCUCACGAAGCAAAAGAACAUAAAGUAUAUGUUUAUUUUAACAACGCUUAUAUUAACAGGAUCUCCAUUGAUUUGCCAUUCCAUUUACGUUACCAAAGAUCACAAAUAACAGGAGGUUAUGGAAAAGUAUAUCUUCAAAAGCCAAGCUUAUUAGUAUGGUGCGAGAAUAACUUGAAUAAAAUUUGCCAAAAAGGACUAAAAGUUGAGGCACCUUGUGAGCAUUUCAGCUCAAAACAAUGCGUCUGGAAAAAUCUAUCAUACGAUGCUCUUUUUGAUGAUGCAGAUUUAUUUGUCCCGAUCGGGGAUUUAGAUCAUUACCCUAUCGUUUCCAUUGUUUCACUGUUAUUGGGAUGCGCUGGAUCAAUCUAUGUGCUAUCAAUUUUAUCUAUGACACCUCUAUAGUCUAGUCAAGGG